AUGGAUAUAUCUAACAACCAUGAAGGAGACAAAGAUUUGAGCCAAACAAUGGCUAGAGAUACUGGUUUGGGAGAUUCUGUGUGUUCCAGUCCAAGUAUAUCUAGUAACACAAGUCCUAAACUGGACCCGCCUCCUUCCCCUCAUGCAAACAGGAAAAAGCAUCGUAGGAAGAAAAGCACUAGCAAUGUUAAAGCUGAUGGUAUCUCCGGAACUGCUGAAGAGCAAGAGGAAAAUUUUGAAUUUAUCAUUGUGUCCCUGACUGGCCAGACAUGGCACUUUGAAGCUGCAACAUAUGAAGAAAGAGAUGCUUGGGUCCAAGCCAUAGAGAGUCAGAUUCUGGCCAGCCUACAGUCAUGUGAAAGCAGCAAGAAUAAGUCCCGACUGACAAGUCAGAAUGAGGCCAUGGCUCUUCAGUCAAUAAGAAACAUCAGAGGCAAUUCUCACUGUGUAGACUGUGAAAUGCAAAAUCCUGACUGGGCAAGUUUAAAUCUGGGAGCACUCAUUUGUAUUGAAUGCUCAGGGAUACACCGAAACCUUGGUACACAUUUAUCACGUGUCCGUUCACUUGACUUGGAUGAUUGGCCUGUUGAACUCAUCAAAGUAAUGUCCUCCAUUGGAAAUGAAUUAGCAAACAGCGUAUGGGAGGAAAACACCCAGGGCCGUGCAAAACCUGCUCCAGAUUCCACAAGGGAAGAAAAAGAGCAGUGGAUCCGGGCCAAAUAUGAGCAGAAACUCUUUCUAGCUCCAUUACAGUGUUUAGACCUUUCUUUAGGUCAACACCUGCUACGAGCAACUGCAGAGGAAGAUUUGCGGACUGUCAUCCUGCUUCUUGCACAUGGGACACGUGAAGAAGUGAAUGAAACCUGUGGAGAAGGGGAUGGACGAUCAGCCUUACAUUUGGCUUGCAGGAAAGGAAAUGUUGUGUUGGUGCAGCUCUUAAUUUGGUAUGGUGUUGAUGUUAUGGCCCGUGAUGCCCAUGGAAACAGUGCUUUGGCCUAUGCGAGACAAGCAACAAGUCAAGAAUGCAUUGACAUCCUCCUGCAGUAUGGUUGUCCAGAUGAGCGCUUUGUCCUUAUGGCUACUCCCAAUUUAUCCCGGAAGAAUACUAAUAAGAACAACAGCAGUGCAAGGAUGCCUUCCAUCAUCUGAACAAUUUGGUUCUUCUUCUCCUUCUUCUACAGUUUUAUAUUAGUUUGACAAUGGAGAUCUAUAUGUCUAUAAAACAUUCCUUCUCUUCUUCCCCUUUUCAUUUCCACCAGGAUAUUGUUAAGUAGCAUUGAUAGUUUUAAUACACAAGAAAAAAAGAGAACUGCAGAAACCAUUUAUAUUAAUACAAUGAUUUUGAAUGAAAAAAAUUAUAAAAGGGGAGAAACCAAAGAGGGAUCAUGGACAUACUAAUGAUAACUCAUGACAGUGGACCAUUUUACUGGGUGUCUCUAGGUGGGGCAGUUAGGAACAUUGUGUGAGACUUACUGGAGAGAGACAAUAGAGGGAAAAAGAGAAGAAAUUGUAACUUUUCUUAACUGACAGUUAAGCGCAUUAGUACAUUUCACCUCUACCAAACUGAACAUUUGGGUUUCAUUCUCUUUUCCGAAGAGCUUGACGGCAUAAAUCAGAGGCAAGCACAGAGUUUGUCAGGUCUGAAGCUCCUAUGAUGGUAUGUGUCAAAUCAGUUGUAGCUAAUCUGUCCAGAGAGAAUACUGGCUUCAUUACACUUGUAUAGUUGAGUUCUUCCAGCAUUACUGCUGUUUAAUAGAACAUGAUUAGUCAUCACGGAGAAAAAAGCAUAUUAGCCGAGGAGGUAGUUACAUGGCACGCUUCAGUGAUUGCUUGGAUGUGAUUGCAAUAUUCUUAGAAGCAUCAUAUUAUCUCAGACAUGUUCUUUCAAGCCCUUGGAGCCCUCCUUUCUAAAUUCACUGUCAUAAUUUAGUAUCUGUUUAAUUUUUCAGUCCAAGGAGAGGAAAUCAGUUGCUGAGUAUUAUUUGACUACAGCCUCCUUGGUGGAAAAACAAAUGGAAAAAAAUAAAAAUAGCUAUGAAAUGCAAAGAAUAAUAAUGAAUACUGCUAGGGAAAAUAUAUUUCAUAUACAUUUAUGAGAAUAACUGUAUAAAAAGCCUUCUUUUCAGUCUUGAGAAAUAUAUUGUUUCAUUUUCAUCAAGGUAAAUGGGUUGGGAUCUUUCAUGUGCAUUUCCUAAAUUAAGCAGAUUUUGCAUUGUUUUCCUCGGUUAAAUGUAUAUACAAAUUAAUUGGAAUUCUAAAUGUUCAUAAAUAUGCAUUGAUUUUUUUGUAAGGCACAUACACUUUUGUUAAUUUAUAAAUUGCAAUUAAUGUAAAAUAAUAUGCAGAUAGUUAGACUCUAAGGGAUCACAGAUCAUAAUGAUAGAUCAUGGAAACGAUGCCAGCAAAGUAAUAGAUUUUUAUUCCUUCGAUGGAGACCAUAUCUGAUUAUAGUGUUGGCACAUGUUUAUAGAAAAAUGGUUAUGAAAUAUGAUUUGGAAGGACAGGUUAUUGCCUUCCAGAAGCACAAACAUCCUUCUCUGCAUAUUGUUGUGGCACUGUAUACUGUGAGUGGAGGAUGACUGGAAACUAUAAGCAAAUAAUGCAGAAAAUGGGGUAUGUCCCCAUACUAGUUACUUUGAUAUUACUCUUUAAAAGGAAAAUGGCUUCUUGCAUUCCAAAACAAUUUUGCUGAAUAGGCUGACUCGGGGAGAAUUUAACAUUUAAUUAUAGAAGAUUAUAACCAUUUCAUUAUUUUGAGUAGCACUCAAUAGUGCUACUAUUUCUAGUUUUUCCCUCCUUUAUGUGAGUACAGAAAAAAGUAGUUGUGUAGAGAAUGAAGAUUUAUUAAUACUAGACAGAAAAAGACAUGAGCAUUUUUUUUAAUGACCAAAUGAACAAUUCCAUUAUAUUUUUCUUUGAAGGAAAAGUAUUUGGAAGAAAUACAGCAUUGGAUUAAAUAUACAUUGAAAAGAUACAAAGAAAGAUUUUUGAAAUGUUCCUUGAAAAUGUGAGAAACGUCUAUGUCACUUAUUAUAGUUCAUUGGCAUCCCUUAGCCUUCUGUUUUCAUGUAUUUAGGUCUCUAAGCGUUUUAAAGAAAAUAGAAGAAAUCUGACAACUAUAUGUUUAUCAUUUGGAACAUAUUCGAGCAUAGCAGGGGUGUCUGCAGCAAGCCAAGCUUUGUCAAAAUGACAGAGCAUGGCAUUGUGUGGUUACAAUGUAAGCUCUACUCCUUAUGUACUAGCAUGGGAUGUCAUGAUGCAGUACAAAAGAGGUGGAGUUUGCAUUGCAGUGUUCCAUCACAGAUUUUGUCAGCUGUCUUCCCCUGAGCCCCCUGUCUAUCAAACAGAUACUUCUUUUAAUAUAGUUUCCUUCUCAUUUCAGAUGGAUGGAUGGAUGGAUGGAUGGAUGGA